CCUUUGUGGGACGUAUAGAUUUAACCAAAAUCCCCCCUAUAUAACAGUUGAUAACCCGGAAGUUUUGAUGUAGUGACAGGGUUCCAAUACCCACAGCCGACCCCUAGCUCAGAAUACACCCGGACAAAAGGCUUCAUCAACAUUUGAACAACUUUACGAAACAAGGAAGAAACGUAUAAAACUUCAAAAUUAUUGUGUAUUGGAGCUUUAGUAGUGAAGAAUCUAUUGUACAGUUUAGUGCGUUGAAAACUUACAUGCAUAGAAGCUAGUAUAUAUAUAUAGUGUUUAGCUGAGACACCAUGUCAAGAGUUCCGAAAGUCAGGUGAGAGAGUUUAUAGGGGUAGAGAUAGUAUAUUUAUCUCACCUGUGCCGUGUACCUGGAGUCAGCGAUCACCUGGGAUUUAGACUUUUAUGACAGGGUCUUAACCUAACAACAUGUCGGAUGUUAGAUUUGAGGGGCUACUUCAAAAACCAGGGAGAAUUCCCGGACGAAAAACGAAGGUUUGGUGCGUUUUGAGCGAUCAGGAACUAUUGUUUUACAGGGAAAACAAGAGGUCAUCUUGCGUUGGUUCACUGGAAUUGUCACUGGUGCGGAAAGUCGAGAAAGUGGUCUCCAACGAGAGAGAUUUCCGUGUAGAUCAUAAAGGAAAAGUUGUUGUUUAUACGGCAGAAGACAGCGCAAAACGCGAUGAAUGGAUCACGAAUCUUCUAGAUGUUUUGCAUGCCAAUUGUAACAAACAAGUUCCUCUCGCACAAAACACAGUGAAAUGUAAAUUGGACACAUCCCGAAAACAGACUUUACAAGAUCAAGGGGAAAUUUCGAUCCAAUCCAGAAUCUUGUCGAGGAAACUGUCAGGUGUCAACAACACAGUCCCUCGAAUAAAUGACCAGACGACAUUUUGUGAAAAUAACAUUUCUCAAGGAGGCCAGAAUUCAAGCAGAAAAGAGGGGCCAAAUCUAAAAGAGGAGGAUAAACCGGAAGUAAAGAAAACUUUUGCAAAAGAAACCACCACUGUAGCAAAAGAACAGCCAUCGAACGAAUCUCACGUGUUCACAUCAUCGGGAUCAUCGAGAAGAAGCAAGGAAGCAGUUACUGUAAAAACAGAUACGAUACGCCAAAGUAGUGUUCAGAAAGUAUCUGAGACAGUGAAUAAAGAAGGCGAAUCGACGACGAACUUUGAGACCGAACCGGUAAAUUCAAGACGAUCCGACGCCAACGGAAAAAUUAAGCAAGAAUCUUUCGAGCUAACGAAAAAUAUUGUAGGAAGGUCAUCCAUUGUGCCUUCGACAGGGAAAGAGAGCAGACCUGACUCAGGAUAUGAAACAUUAGCUGGAAGUGAAAACAGGAGAAGUAUAAUCACCGAGGAAUAUGGCGAAGUCGAUAUCUCGAGGGUGGUAAUGCGAAGAAGCAGACGUUCUAUUAACAGCUUUACCAUGAAUAAUUCCGAAAGUGAAGUUCCGAAAAUCGAGCAAGUUCCCGUCUCAAACGGAAUAAAGGAUACCAAAACUACAAGCCCAGAACAGAAUCCAUUGCGUGAAAAUCAUAUCGAAGAAGAGAACGGGGACGAUUUAUCACAGGAAAGUGGUGUUAGUAAUGGAGAUCUCCACGCAGACGUUAACGAAGAAGAGUCGGACACAGUUUACGAAAAUAUUGCUUCACUUAGGAAAGAAAAGACACUUGAAAAUUCUGUGAAAACUGUGAAUGAAGAAAACGAUGUGGUUGUGCCAUUGCGGAGAAGCAGAAGCAAAAGAACCACUCUUGUUGAUAUGCAUGUACCACAAGUUGUGGAAGAAGCUGAAGAAGAAGAUGAUGAACAUGUUGAUGACAUCAUACCCGCAACCGAAGGUCAAGAGGAAAUGUUGAUGAAUCUAACCUUUGAACCUAUCGAAGAACUGCCCUUUAAGGGGAAAGACAUGCAAAGUGACGAAUAUGAUUUCUCGGAAAUUCGAGAAAUUUUAAGUCAUCAAAAAAGUCCUGUAAGAGAAUCUGUCUCUCUUGACCCAGUAGAGGAAUUGCGUAAACUACUAGAACAGGUGUAGACAUUUUUCAUACCUGGAGGUUAUGUCUCUGUUUGUAAUGAUGUUCGUUCUCGUUUGUUGACACACACUCUUCAGAACACAUUUGACAGAAGAUGUAUUAGAAAUCGAACUCGAACUUUCAGAUUUUUCUUGAUUCGUAAUACUGACAAGGGGCAUGCGAUUUUUCCAUAGGCGUUUCCAAUCUAAUUUUUAAAGUAUUAUAUAUACAAUGUACGUUUACCAUUCAUACGAGUUGAUUUUAUAGAAGAGAGGGUAAACGUAAAUAUAGACUUAUCAUUCGUCAUUUACAAAAUUAAAUAUGGAGCGCCUAUGGAUUUUUCAAAUGACGUUAAAAAGGCAUGCAUUCUCAAGCUGUGUUCAGACACGUUUCUCUCUCUCUCUCUCUCUCUCUCUCUCUCUCUCUCUCUGACCUUUUGGGAGGGGGGCGGGGGUACUAAACAACUUUCAUUUGGCUUGCAACAAGAGACUAGAUUUUGUACACAAUAAAAACAUGGACAGUUUGUCAGCAGUUUUACGCAUAGCUUACGCAAUAUCUUUAAUGUCCUUGUAAAGUGUUGGCAAUUCGUCAUUUACAAAAUUAAAUACGGAGCACCUAUGGAUUUUUCAAAUGAAGUUAAUAAGGCAUGCAUUCUCAAGUAAUGCUGUAGUGGUCAGACUCCUCUCUCUCUCUCUCUCUCUCUCUCUCUCUCUCUCUCUCU